AUGGCGAUCAAGUUGUUGUGCUUGUUUGUGAUUGUUGUGAGCAUGCUUGUCGCCCCCAGCUUCGCCACAGAACAUAUAGUUGGUGAUUUAGCUGGCUGGGAAUUGUUCGUUGAUUAUAAUGCAUGGGCUAAUGGAAAGGACUUUAAGGUUGGCGAUACACUUAGGGUGUUCAACUAUAAUGGAGCAACACACAACGUCGCUGAAAUCGAUGCCUCAGCCUUUGGCUCUUGCAGUCUGACUGAUAUUUUGUACAGUGAUGAUAGUGGAAAGACUACUUUUACUUUAGAAGCGGCUAAAGAUUACUAUUUCACCUCUUCUAAGCUCAACGACUGCAAUUCAAAUCUUAGAUUGAACGUCAACGUUCAGUAG